GGAAACAAGCCAAAGUUUAGCCCAAGACCAAGUAGUUCUGAGGGAGUUAAACUCCAGAUAAACAGGGUUGUUUGGGAUUCAAACACAGGACAGAUAUGGGUCUGUGUGAGGUUAAAGGUUAGUGAUCAAAGAACAACAAGCAGCACAGGAAGAUGACCUUCAGCCCACCAAGCCUGAGCGAACUCAUGACACCUUUCCAAACUACAAAUCUGUGUCUACAUGAUCCUUGUUCAUCUAUUCCCAGCCUAUUCACUUAUCAGUAUUGUGCCUAUUCCCUGUCUAUUAAUGUAUUCAUCUUGCGGGAAUUACCCAGACAGUUACAGCAAGACAAUUCUGAACAAUUUAGCUGCCCCAAAACUGAAGUGAGAUCACAAGACAAGGAGCCACAGGGUUAUGUCUUCUGUUAUUUUGGAAAUCGUGUUCACCGACCGAGGUUGAUUGGAAUGGGUGGUCUUCUCCUCAGUUUUGGAGCUUUCCUGCUCACCAUUCCUCACUUCAUUUCUGAACGUUAUGAGUACUCCAAGGCAGAAAAUGAAAAUGUAAAUUAUUCCAGCAUUGACACCUGUCGCCUAGAGAACCAGACACAAAGCAUGGAAACCUGUACUAAGUUCACAGUACACUCGAACAAUAUGAGCAUUGUGUGGGUAAUAAUUGUCAUUGCCCAGCUAAUAGUGGGCAUUGGGACUGUGCCUAUUCAGCCAUUUGGCAUUUCGUAUGUGGAUGAUUUUGCUGAGCCUUCAAACUCUCCAAUAUAUAUCGCAAUCCUGUUUGCCAUAUCUGUUUUUGGGCCUGCUUUUGGCUACUUACUAGGAUCGGUGAUGUUACGGCUAUUUGUGGAUUUGGACAAAGUGAACCCAGCUACAAUUGAUUUGACGCCCAGCGACCCUCGCUGGAUUGGUGCCUGGUGGCUGGGGUUGUUAGUAUCAAGUAGCAUUCUGGCCAUCACCUCUAUCCCUUAUUUUUUUUUCCCUAGAGAAAUGACACCUCAAAAGAAGUCAGGAAGCGAGGCUGAUAUGCUAAGUGAGAUGGACGAACAAAAAAUGGAAGAAAUGUCACUCAAAGAAUUCAUCAAGAAGUUUCCCAAAAUGCUGGCCAGGUUGCUGCUGAAUCCAUUGUUUAUCAUUAUUGUGAUAGCUCAGUGCAGUUUCUCUUCUAUGCUUGCUGGUCUCUCCACAUACUUCAAUAAAUUCUUGGAACAACAGUACUCUACAACAGCUUCCUAUGCAAAUUUCCUCAUAGGAUCUAUAAUGCUUCCAGCUGUUGCUGUAGGAAUGAUCCUUGGUGGGCUUUUUAUGAAGCGUUUCCAUCUCUCCCUGGCGAAGAUCCCCUGGUGCUCAGCCAGCAUUCUGAGUCUGGUCAUUAUUCUGAACAUUCCUCUGUUUUUCUUGGGAUGCUCAACUCAGAAAAUUGCUGGAAUCAAUUACAGUAAAGAUGGCAACAGGUCCUCUUCAUUCAGUCUCCAGGCUGACUGUAAUGCUCAUUGCUUCUGCUCUGAUUACACCUACAACCCAGUGUGUGGAGUUGAUGCUGUAGAAUACAUCUCACCAUGCCAUGCUGGUUGUACUUAUUCUCUCUUCAAUCAAUCCACAAGGAUGAUUAUAGUAAGUGCUACUGAGAUUUACUGAAAAUAAUGUCUGUUU